UUUUCUAGUCUAUGCUUGAGUUGUAUGGUGGUCGAUUUAUCAAUAUUUUUCGUAAAUUGUUUGCUAAAUAAGGCGGGAAGUUAAUUUUUGUAUUUUAUAACCAAAAAUGAGUGUCGAAGAAGAUGUUAUGAAAAUACAAAAGAAAUUAACCAAGAUGACAUCAGACGAUGGCACGGGUCAAGAAGAUGCCUUGGAACUUUUAAAGAACCUUCAGACAAUGGCUAUCGAUUUAGAUGUUCUGACUAAGACCAGGAUAGGCAUGACAGUGAAUGCUUUACGCAAGUCAAGUAAGGACGAAGAAGUCAUAUCUUUGUGCAAAACAUUGAUCAAGAAUUGGAAAAAGUUUUUAACACCACCAACACCUAAGGAGUCGGGUAGCUCAUCAAAACCAAAGAAGGAUUCCAGCCGAGAUAAAGAUCGAAAGGAUGACAAGGAGAAGGAUAAAAAAUUGCCGGCGUCAUUCCCUCCACAGUCUAACACUACUGAUGCUGUGAGGCUCAAAUGCAGAGAACUCCUCACACAGGCUCUCAAAACUGACAGUGACUAUCCCAGCGCUUGUGGCACUCCUGAAGAACUAGCAGAGGAGUUGGAGGAGUGUAUCUUUUUGGAGUUCAAAAACACUGAUAUGAGGUACAAAAACAGGGUGCGAUCCAGGGUGGCAAACCUCAAGGAUCCCAAGAAUCCCACAUUGAGGACCAAUUUCUUGAACGGUGUCAUCUCUGCCUCUCGUCUUGCCAAAAUGACACCAGAAGAGAUGGCCAGCGAUGAAAUGAAGAAUUUACGAGAGAAGUUCAUCAAAGAAGCCAUAGAUGAUGCACAGCUGGCUACUGUACAGGGUACUAAAACUGAAAUGCUCAAAUGCGGCAAGUGCAAGAAGAAAAAUUGCACAUACAACCAGCUCCAGACAAGAAGCUCUGAUGAACCCAUGACCACAUUUGUUCUCUGCAAUGAAUGUGGCAACCGCUGGAAAUUCUGUUAAGACUGCUUUUAAAUAUUUUAGAUUAAUAGUGUAUCUUUUAUGGUAUGGUACACUGGUGUAUCAAAUAAAAUAUACUUCACUUUUACUAUGAAUUAGUUUACCCUUUUCAUUUGCAUUGACCUUACUGCUAUGAGUGAUAUCAUUUCAGUAGAUAAGGAACAUUAGUUUAAAUAUUAAAUGUAAUAAAUUAACCUGCUUUAAGUUGUAAACAUAUUUUAUUUUACACCUCUAAAACUUGAAUGGGAUGGGUCAACAUCAAACAAUGUUUUGUCAUAUUGUUUAUAUUUAUUAAUUUUGUUUACUCACAACAACAAGAAGAGCCCUUAUAGGGCAUAUAGUAAUACUUAAAAUCAAAGGUAUUGGUUUAAAAUACUAAAAUUCUCGUAUCUACAUUUCAAGGCUCUUAUACAUACUCGUACAUGAUUAAAAAUUGUCUGUGUGCAUUUAUAAAAUAAAUAAUGACUGCUUAUAAUAA